AUGGCAUGCUUGUGGCUUGUGCUCAUCUUGUCCUUUGCAGUAGCCCUCCAAGACCAAAUCAGAAAGACAAGUGCAACUCUUGAAAAUAUUGGAGUUUGCUAUGGCAUGACCGGAAACAACCUACCUCCAGCAACCGAUGUGAUUAACCUAUACAAAAAAUACAAGAUUGGAAACAUUAGGCUCUUUGAUCCCAAUCCUGAUGCACUCAAUGCCUUAAAGGGGACUCAAAUUCAAGUUACUUUAGGUGUAAGAAAUGAAGAUGUGCCGAAUCUAGCAGCAAGCCUAGAAGCAGCGAAUUCUUGGGUUACAGUUAAUGUACAACCUUACCUUCAUGAUAAUCCUAUUUUAUUAUCCUAUAUUUCUGUCGGUAAUGAGAUCAUUCCUGGACCGUAUUCCGGGAACGUUUUGGCUGCAAUGAAGAACCUUCGCACUGUCUUGGAUCAACGAAAGCUAGCUGCUAUAAAAGGCGCAUUGCAAGUCAAGCUUGUCAACUCCAUGACAUCUAAGAGGCUCAAUCGGUAG